UCCUAAACGUGGGUGUGUAUAAAAAAUCUAAAAAUUAUAGAAAUAAAAAACAUAAAUUAGCUAAAAAAUAAAUUCUUUAAAAAUAAAAAAUACACAAAUAAUUUGUUAAAUAUUUUACGAAAAUCAAAGUAAUACCCAAGUACAAGUAUGAGUGAUUCUAAUGCUACUACUAGGGUUAGUGGUAAACGUGCCUCCUCAGCCAGCAGUAAAAGUGAAGCUAAAUCAUCAUCACCAUCCACAGGAUUUAGUAGUAAUACCACAGUAGGGACAACGAAGGACUUGAAUCUAUUGGAUUUACCACCAGAAACAAAAAAUCUACAAACUCUAGAUACCACUAAAACAGUCAAUCAGCAACACACUCUUCAGACGUAUACAGCGGAAACGUCAAAUGAUUUUCCAUUUGCUCUACAUUUUUUAGCCAAUUUCCAUCAUAUUUGUGUAUUUACCGCACUGUUGCCGCUGGUAACAUUAUUUACAUGUUUUGUAACCGCUUAUGUCUUCCAAUAUGAUGAAGUACAUGAAACACAUUGUAGGGUUUACAACAUUGUUCCCUCAAUAAGUGCAAUUACCGGCGUUAGUCCACAACGUUAUUUUUGGCGUUUUAGUAUUGCCUUACAUUUGGGUCCACGUUUGCCCAUAGCAUUCAUUUAUAAAAACUACUAUCGCAUUAUGUUGGCCAAAUUACAAAAGGAACGUCCUGAAAAAGUUGGCAAUUCAAUGUAUGUGGUGUAUUUGAUAUUGGUUUUAAAUUGUAUAGAAAUUGCUUCAUUGGGUGGUGUUACCUAUAUUUCAAAUCGAGAAAAUUAUCCCAUUCAUGAAAAGAUCUUUAUUACAUUUAUGAUCUGUUCAUUGUGUCAUAUGUUGGCGACCAUUAAAUUGAAUGACAUCAUACAUGAGGAUCAUACUGAACUAACGCAAUUGCAAAGAGAUUCAAUUAAAUGGAAGAAAAUCUUAUUUGCCAUGUCAAUUCUGAGCACUAUUGGUCUGUUGAUUUUCUUUGCUAAACAUCGUUUCUAUUGUCAUGAUUUAGCUUUCAGUUGGUUUGCAUUCUUUGAAUAUUUAAUUGCCAUUGCCAACAUGUUGUUCCAUUUUACAAUAAUUUGGGAUUUUCCCUUUCAAUAUAUGCUGGUCGUGCAGGGACCACGUGCAAAACUAGAAGAAAUUUUUCGCAAAUCGUUAGCGAAAUUGGACUAAACUCUCAAAAUAAAAUGCUAACAUCAAAACAUAAGGGCUUUAGCAACAAUUUUAACGAUUUAAUUUAAUAAACAAAAGAAAAGUCUUCGAAAAUUUAUAUAAAAAAAAAUUAACACAAAAAUCAUAAAAAACAGCAAAAAUACCAAAAAAACAAAACGUUAAAAGUUUAUUACGCAUAUAAAAUAGCAACUACAAAAAAAAAACAUUUUGAAAAAAAACGCACUUUUUACAACUAUUAUGUAUAUUUUUUACUAAAUUAUUUUGUAAAAAUCUUUUUGAACUUUGUAAUUGUUAUUUUUUCUUCUUUGUAGUAAAAAAAGCGCUUCCAAUUUUUACGCAUUUUGCUUUCGAUUUCGACUUAAAUUUUUCGAAAUUAACUUUAGCUUUUCUAUAUUUUGGUUUUUUUCUAUUUGAAUUUUCCUGAAAUUGUCCUCCUAAUGAAGUAAAAGUUCCUUUUAAAUUAAAAAAUAAUACAACAACAACAAUAUAAACAAACACUUAAGAAAUUAAAUAAUUUUAAUUACAGUAUUAAUAGUUAAAUGUAGACAAUUAUUUAUUGAGAAUAUUUUAUUUAUUUAUUGAUUUUGUUAUUUAUUCUUUUAGUUUUUAACUACUAUUUAUAAUUAGAUUAAAAACUUUAAAUUUAGUAAAUGAGUUGAAAGUUUAAAAAGAACGUGGUUUGAGUUUAAGAAAUUUUGAUCUUAAACUUUACACUUCAAUCUGCUAAAGCCGCCUUCACACGAGCACACAACUAAUAUGAUCUGUCAAAAUUUUGUGUAAAAGAGUACGAAUAGAAACGUCGAAACGCUUUAUGCAAUGAAACCAUUACAUAUUGAAAAAAAUAACGCAUGGCAAAAUUUUAAAGUUGUAUGGCUCUAUUCAUUUUUUGAAAUGAUUCGAAUUAGGGUUCUAUAGUUGAAACGAAAC